AUGUCUAUAUCCACCACCUCACCCCCCACCGACCAGCAACCCGAGAAGAAACUGUCCACCCCCGUAAUCCUCUUUUUCGUCUCCCUCGCCGCCGCUGUCCUCAUCGCCUUGUGCCUCGGCCCCGCCGCCAGAGUCACCAGCGCCAGCACCACCCCCGCCAACCUGUUCGGUCUCCGCCGUCUCUUCGGCUCACAGGCGGGCUCUGCCAGCCCCAGCGCGGCGUCGUCUAUCCGGCGGGAACUCGCGUCCGCGUCCGCGUCCGCUUCAGCCUCGGCGAGCGAGCAGCUCCGGCGCAGCAGUAGUGCCAACAAGAUGAAGACGCCGAUUUACUUUUUGAGUCAUGGGGGUCCGAAUAUCAUGUAUGACCGCGAGCACCCGGCGUACAGCAAGCUGGGCGAGAUCGGCCGCGAGAUCACCGGGAAGGUGAAGCCGCGCGCUGUGGUGGUUUUCUCUGCGCAUUGGCAGGCGGGACGGGAUACGAUCCAGGUGAAUACGGCUGAGAAGACGGAGUUGAUCUAUGAUUUCUACGGGUUUCCGAGCCACUACUAUAAGGAGAAGUAUCCGAAUGUGGGGAGUAAGGAGGUUGCGAACAAGGUGCUUGAUGCGCUGAAGGACGCCGGUGUCAAAGCCGAGGGCGUCAAGAGGGGCCUCGACCACGGUGUGUGGGCGAGCUUCAAGUGCGCUUUCGAGCCCGACUCCAACCCGUUGAAUGUCCCGAUUGUGCAGGUUUCGCUUUUCAACACCGAAGACCCCGCGCAGCACUACCGGCUCGGGCAAGCGGUGGCUAAGCUCCGCGAGGAGAACAUCCUGAUCAUCGUGUCGGGCAUGGCAGUGCACAACCUGCGGGAUCUGCAGUUCACCUGGGGGAACCCCAAGCCGUUGCCGUAUACUACCAGCUUCGACGAGGCUAUGAAAGAUGCCGUGACGAAGCCGCCUGCGGAGCGAGAACAGGCCAUGAUUGACCUCUUGAAGCGGCCGGAUGCCCGCCAGGCGCAUCCAAGCUUCGAGCAUCUGCUCCCCAUCCAUAUCGGAGCUGGCGCUGCGGGAGAUGACCUUGGGAAGAGACUCUGGACGCUGAAGGAGGGGAGCAUGAGCUGGGCGCAGUACAGAUUUGGCGACGUAGGCAACAGUAGUUCUCUGUAG